AUAUUGUUUGCUCUUUAUCAAAUAAAAUUUAGAUAAUCCCCACCCACAGACAAAAAUAAAAACUCAGAAACAACCGGCGAUUUCUCCAAAGCUAUCUUCUGUUUCGGCCCAUAUUUAUGCAGCUUUCUUCAAUUCUCUAAUUACUUGUUCAUCCUCUAAUUUUCCGCUUCACAGUUUUGUGCAUGUGUUUUUAACUUCUAAUGGAUUCUACUCUGAGAUUAGCUUCAUCCGUUGGCUCCUCCGUCUCCUCCUCAAGAUUGGUUCAUAACAAUAAACAAAAUGAUUUCAGUUUUGGGUUUCAAUUCAGUACAUGCCACUCCACUAGAAGAAUCUGCGCCAUCUCUUACGGUUCUCUUUCUCCCUCUUUUUCAAAUGGGGAUACAUCUUUGAUGUUGCAGGCUGAGUCAAGUUCGGUUGGAGAUAUGCAGAGGCAAAGAAGCAGUCUUGAAUCUCUGUUUUGUUAUGAUAAGCCUAUUCCGGAGGAAAGAAUUGAGAAGCCGAUUGGGCUAUCACUCGCUGAAAAAGUAAUUGGAAAUAAUCUCCGGUGCACUGAUUGCCAAGCUAAAGGUGCAGUCCUUUGCACCACUUGCUCUGGUUCAGGCCUAUAUGUGGACUCGAUACUAGAGAGCCAGGGUAUCAUUGUCAAAGUGCGCUGCCUAGGUUGUGGGGGAACUGGUAACAUUAUGUGCGCUGAAUGUGGUGGGCGAGGUCAUCGUGGACCCAAAUGACUUAUCUAUUUUGCUUGUCUUCUUUUAUCAGAAUUUAUUAUAGCCUUGUAGCUCAACAUCGACAUGGUGAAUUUACAUUCCAUACUUGUCACGGUUUUUAACAGCAUUUGUUUCACUGCCAUAUUUGUUGAAUCUAUAGUGAAAAGGGAAAAUUUCUAGUGUUGUAUCAUACUUGAAUGAUCUCUGUAAGGUUAUUUCUCCGCUAUAUAUCAUAUUUUCUUUAUUUACAAAUGCACUUAGUACUGUAGAAAAAAAUAAGGUGAACGGACUGAACCAAAAAUCAAGGUGAUUACUUGAGUUUUUGACCUUUAGUUCACUGAUAUAUGAUCUUUGUUUCUAGUAAUCUGUUAUUAUUUUGUUGUAUAAUGGAAGAAAAAUGCACACGUUCUCUUGA